CGGGAAGUUGCGUCCCAUUUCCCGUCUCCCUUUCCGGUAUCUUCGUCUGGGGAUCAAGGUCGAGAGAGUGCGCGAGGUUCUAAGGUGUUGCGGCCGUGUCCUCCGCCUUCUGUCUGCGUUUUCCGCAGAGCUCCGGCAGCACCAUGUUGGGACAGAGUAUCCGGAGGUUCACAGCCUCUGCGGUGCGUCGGAGCCACUACGAGGAGGGCCCCGGGAAGAAUUUGCCAUUUUCCGUGGAAAACAAGUGGCGGUUACUGGUUAUGAUGACCUUGUACUUUGGAUCUGGAUUUGCAGCACCUUUCUUUAUAGUGAGACACCAACUACUUAAGAAAUAAGGAUGUUUUAACAUCCCUUUCACAGAUGUGAAGAAUUUCUCAAGAGGUGUAAUCUCUUUGGAAACAGAUCAAACUUGAAUUCACAUGACAUACUAGAGAUGUUUGUAAAUAAACGGAUGACAUGAAUGCCUGAUGCCUCUUCUCUGAAAUACAGAAUGUGAUUACUGAA